UCUCUCACUCUCUGUUUUUUUCAUAUUGUCUGAUGAGUCUCUGUCUUUUGAGUCAGUAAUUCCCUAUUUAAGGUUAAGAUGGCGGCUCUCACUCACUCUGAGAUUGCAGCACGAUGGGGAAGGCCAACCAUUCUUCUUCGUCGUCGAUUGACAGCAGCAAACACCCAACUAUCUCAUCUGCAUCGUCUUCCUCUCUUUGCCACCAACCAAAGAGUAGUAUUGCCAGCAGAGACUUGAGCACAGAUCUUCGGCUUGGACUCACCCUUUCAAGAUCCACCUCUCUAUUCCCCGGUACCUUCUCCAAUUCUGAUUCCAGGGAGCAAGCAUCAGAUUGGCCACCGCUGAAACCGCUACUGAGGAGUACACUUGGAGAUCAGAAAGGAAAGAAUCGGGAAAGACGACCCUCCUUCUUCGUGAAGGUAUACAUGGAAGGGGUUCCAAUUGGCCGGAAGUUGGACCUCUUUGCUCACCAUGGUUAUGACGGCCUAAUCACCACUCUUGCCCACAUGUUCAAGACCAGCAUUCUCUACCCUGAUAGGGAUAGAGUCCAUUCUGAGUCAGAUCAAUAUCAUGUAUUAACGUACGAAGACAAGGAAGGAGAUUGGAUGAUGGUGGGGGACGUUCCUUGGGAGAUGUUCGUGACCACUGUGAAGAGACUCGAGAUCACCAGAGCUAACAGAUGCUAGAAUCUAACCUACCCAUGCCUAUCUCUCUCUCUCUCUCUCUCUCUUUGCAUUUUUGACUUGUAAUUAAACAACAGUAGCAAAGAAUUUGUUAAAUUACAGAUGUACAGCCUAUACUCCCAAGUGAUAGAAGCAUAGGAAUUUCAGUCUCUUCUUUGUUUUCCCCUCCAUC